AUGAGGUCGCCGCGAAAAGUAGAACUGGGGACCAGCAAGCUUCAACAACCAGCCCUUGCGGCCUUUUCACAGUCGGUUUCCGAACUCGGUCAAGUUCAGUCUGAAGACGGCAAGGCUCUGCUCGUCCUUCUUUCGUUCCUGGCCCCAGAGAAUGCCAUCCAUGUUGACAACCUCCUACUUGGAGCAUCUCCUCGAAAGAGAUGGACGGCUCAAGGUGCUAUCACAGAUAUGGAUGCAGUCAACGCGGGUCUAUUCCCCGAGCUGUGUAACCUGCUCUCGGACCGUGGCAAGUUAACGGCGGCUUUGGGGGAGUUAGGGAUAUCAGGUCUUAAUAACCAUGGAAACGGGACAUACUCUCUUGAGAAAACAAUCUCCGAUUCAAUCCGCAGAUCAGUCCCUCCAGAGUAUCUCAGAUCCUGGAGAUGCCAAGCUUUGCUUGUCGCAUAUCGGGCAGUCUCAUGGAAAUAUACUGAACCACUCAACCCUAACACACAACUAUUUUUACCGCACGUUCGACAUACUCUCCAUGAAACCAAAAACUUUAAUGACCCUUUGCCCCGGAAUAUCCAGAUAGAUCUCGCGACAACUUUGCUCGAAGCAUCCCGGCUGCCUAACUUAUCGUGGAAGCGCUUUGCUCUUGAUGAAGCCGCCGUUCUUUCCAAAGACUUUGCUAACUGGGAGAUCGAUUGCCGUAUUGCCCAGUCUCGCGCUGUAUUAGCUCGAAUAACGGGGCAGGUAGAUCAGGCAUUCGCUUGUUUAGAUGCGACGAGGAAGAUGCCAAGUAACGCCGACCAAAAGUCUCACUCAGUUCUUGGUCAGGAGAUCCUUCAACGUGCAUUGAACAGUAUCCAAGUGGAACGACUGCAAGAGGCGAGAGAGCUAUUAGACAGUUGGAAACCUCUUACUAACCAUCCGUCUCCACUGGAGAAAAUAAUCAUCUUUCGGAAGACUCUACUCAUGGGGAGUCUCCUUCGUUUUCAGGGAACAUUUGAGGAGUCUAUCACUCAUCUCCGGAGCGCUCAUGAACUCCUUGAUGCCAGCGAUGAAAUUGCAUUCGACGAGGAGCUGCGCGAUCUCUUUUGCGAACUUGCGGACACUUUGAGGGAGCUGGACAACCCCCAGUUAGCCGAAACUUAUCUUCAAUCUGAAAUCGCGAGAAGAACAGUCAUUGGAAUCACUGCUAGCGCGGCCUCCCUUGAGCUAUGCCUAGCGGAGGCCUUAUUUGCGCAGGGUCGCUUGAAAGCAGCAGAAGUCAUCUGCAAGAACAUCCGGGAUCGACCAGCACUUUUGAGAUUCGAAAGGCUGCGUUUGCACCUUCUGUUUGGAAGGCUGUACUUUGAAACGAAUGACCUUGACUCCUUGACACAUUGGAGCGCGGCGUUGAAGGAAGCCGGGAAUUUCCGCCUCACCAACGGGCGUACUACCCGAAUCAUCGUUUUAUCGAUUUGUGAUAUUCUGCGACGUCUUGGUCAUACCGAACUGGUUCAGCAAUCCAUGCAACAGGUGGCUUUUCUCGAUGAAGCGGCUGACCCGAUGGCAAUCAAUCAUUGGAUUGCAGGUAUGCGGCACUGGCAGCAGUAUCUACAGUCUUCCAGAUCCAAAAUUUGA